AUGGUGGUGGCCCGUCCAGGCCAGGUGGCCUCGGCCGCGAGUGCCCCUGCGUGUCCCUUCCUCACGCGAAGGGCUCCAGCCCCUCCUACAGUUGCUAAAGUGAUUGACAAAUUUGAGGAUGAAACUGCAGAUGACAUUUUGCCUGUUGGCAAUAUACGGAAAAAAGCUGCAGUCUCUCUCCUGGAAGCUGAUAAAAGGUACAUAGGAAAAGCCACAUCUCGCAAAGCCUUGCAGGAAGAGCUCUGGGGAGAUGCUCUGUCUGAAGAAGGAUCUGCUGAAGAAGCAUUAGAUGAAUGGUCCAACGGCAGUGAAGAUUUGGAAGAUGAGGGCAGCUUAGGCAGUAAAACAAAGGAGGAACCCAGCAGUGCUGGCAGUGACCAGGAAGAUGAUUUGGAAGAAGGUGAAGAGAAAGAAGAUGUGUCUGCCAAGGUCAAGGCACCAAAGUUCAGCUCCCAGAACAUCACAGACUUUGAGAAAUUUACAGAGGGGAUGGAUGAUGUAGGAAGUAGUGAAGGGGAAGAUGAAGAUGAUGCCAGCAUGGAAGAAGCAAGUGAUGAGGAGGAAAACGAGAAUGAAAACCAUGAUGAUUUAAAAGAUACCAAAGAGAGUGAAGAUGAUGGAGGGGUGAUGACAUUCUCAAAAAGACAAGUGGCUGAAGAAGUAGAGAAGGGAAAAGCUGUGAAGAACCAGUUAGCGCUCUGCGAUCACCUAUUGGAAGGGAGAAUCAAGAUGCAGAAAGUCCUCCUGACAGCUAACAGGCUUCCUCAGCCAGAUACUUACCCAGCCUUUCAAAAGGAAGGUGGACAAGAAUUUGACGAUGCUGUCAAGAACGGUUACAAAGCCCUGGAGGCGUUGCUGAGAACAUUAGUGGAGCUUCAAGAUGAGCUGCUUUAUCAAUACCCGGGCACCAGGCAUCUGGUAGACGGAAAGCAAUCCAAAAUUGAGAGCGAAGAUGAAAUCCUCAGCAGUAGCGAUGAAGAGAAAGUGGAUGAGGCUCAGAAGAAGAAGAGGGACGUCCCCAAACGAAAGCUCAAGAUGGAAGACUACCCAGAAUUUGUGGCCAAGCGCUUUGCUGACUUCAGAACAUAUCGGAACAACAUCUUGCAGAAGUGGCAUGAGAAGACAAAGUUGGCAUCGGGCAAAAUGGGAAAGGGUUUCGGUGCCUUUGAGCGUUCAAUCUUGACUCAGAUUGAUCAUGUUAUGAUGGACAAAGAGAGAUUACUACGGCGGACGCAGACCAAGCGAUCAGUAUAUAAAGUGCUUGGAAAGCAGGAACAGGAAUCUCAUCCAGUCCCUGAAUCUUUGCCAGAAAAUUCGGAAGUCCUCCCGCAGACAGAUUCCAACAGGCACCUGAAGGACAUAGACGAGGAGAUAUUUGAUGAUGAUGACUUUUAUCACCAGCUCCUUCGAGAACUUAUUGAGCGUAAAACAAGCUCACUGGACCCCAACGAUCAGGUAGCAAUGGGCAGACAGUGGCUGGCCAUCCAGAAGUUACGAAGCAAAAUAAAGAAGAAAGUGGACAGAAAAGCCAGCAAAGGAAGGAAAAUACGGUACCAUGUCCAUAGCAAGCUGGUGAGCUUCAUGGCACCUAUUGACCACUGUACAAUGAAUGAUGACGCCAGGACGGAGCUUUAUCGGUCGCUGUUUGGACAAGUCGCGCGCGCCGCAGAGCCGGAGCGGAGCGGGAGCCGCCCCGUCGCUGUGUCCGUCCGUGUCCCCUCUGCUCCACCAGGUCCCGUGUCGGAGCGGUGCCCCCAGCCCGGCGUUCCCGGGCGCCCUUCCCGCGGCUCCUGCGGGCAGCUCGGGGGUCCCAUCGCCUCCUCCCGCGCUCAGAGCAGGAGCAGAGGGAGGAUCCUCGGAGCCGCUUCCCCAGGGCAGCAGCACCAGGGAGAUUCCCACCUAUUUUCCUGCUGCCGGCCGUGCCCCCCGGCUCCAGGACACGAGUCCUGCACAAUUCCCGCUCAGCAGCCCCCGGAGGGUCCCCCCGACCCCGCGCAGACGAGUUUCAACUUCCAGACAAACAACUUCAUUUACGAGCGUGUCUCUAAUUAG